AUGGGGCAGGCCAAGAGCAAGGCCACGACCGACCGCUCCAAGGCGGACAUCAUCCAGAUGGCGCAGGGGCUGGAGGUGGUGGUGCAGGCGGACGACGAAGAGGAGGUCCUGCCAUGGCACUCUGUGCCCACUGCUCAGGAGGUCAUGGCCGACCUCGCCUCCAAUGCAGAGACAGGCCUGGCCUCCGCCCGCGCCGGCCGCGGCGCGGCGCCUGCGCGGCGGGCCGCGGCCUGGGGACCGGGCCGUCCGGGUCUCGCGCAGAGCCGUCUGCGGUUGGAGGGCGGCAGCAGCGCCGCAGGCGCAGCGGAGGCGCAGCGCCGCCUGGAGCUGUACGGCCCCAACUCCCUGACGCCCCCCAAGAAGACCACCUUCCUCGAGCGCCUCUGGGGGCAGCUCAACAACGCGGUCGUGGCGGUGCUGCUGGCGGCAGCCAUAGUGGAGGGCGCGAUGCAGUCGUGGGCCGAGUUCACCCUGGUGAUACUGGUGAUCAUCCUCAACUGCGCCAUAGGGCUGUUCCAGGAGGGGAAGGCAGAAAAGGCGGCCGACGCGAUCAAAGCCAUGCUCUCGCCCACCGCCAAGGCGCGUGCCCGGAACGCCGGCACUCCGCCGAUCGCACCAAUGAGCCCCCUCACAGCUUGCGCCCCAGUCAAGCGGGACGGGGAGGCGCAGACCAUAGAGGCGGACACUCUGGUGCCGGGUGACGUCGUACUGCUCAAAUCGGGCGACAAGGUGCCCGCGGAUGUCCGCAUCAUCAGCGCCAACAACCUCCAGCGGCCCCCCCUUGCCGCCACCGACCCCGACCCCGCCGCCGCCGCCGCCGACGGCCCCUUGUCGAAUUCCUGCAGGUCCAGGAGGCGAUGCUGA